AUGACCACACAAGAAAGGAUCUCCCUCCCAACAGCCCUAAUCACCGGCUGCAGCGCCGGCGGGAUCGGCUCCGCCCUCGCCGAAGCCUUGCACGAGCGCGGGGUCCACGUGUUCGCCACAGCGCGUUCACGCGAGAAGAUGUCCCACCUGGAGAAAUACCCCAACAUGACCUUCCUGGAGCUGGACGUAACAUCGUCCUCGGACAUCUCUGCGGCCGUAGAAGCCGUGAAGGCCCAGACGGGCGGGACACUCAACUACCUCGUCAACAACUCCGGAGUGCCGCUGGUAUUUCCCGCGUUGGAGACAGAUCUCGAUAAAGCGAAGGAGCUCUAUGACGUCAAUUUCUGGGGGGUGGUGGCGAUGACGCAUUCGUUUGCACCGUUGUUGAUUUCCGCGAAGGGGACGGUCGCGAAUAUCUCCUCGAUGGGAGGUGUUCUCUCGUUUCCGUGGUGUGGGUUCUAUGCCUCCUCCAAAGCCGCCGUUAGGGCAUAUGGCGAGGCCGUGCGGCUGGAAUUAGCCCCGUUCGGGGUCAGAGUCGUCACUGUUAUGAGUGGCCUCAUCGGGACGAAUAUCUUCACUCGGUCGCCGGAGAUUGAUCUGUCGGGAUCGAUAUAUGAAGGCGCGACCAAGGGGGUCAGCGAUAUGGCCACCGGGGCUGUUAUCAAGGACGUUACCCCUGCGUCUGUCUACGCGGGGCGUGUGGCAGAUGACUUGGUGGGGGGAGCUAAUGGGGUUAUCUGGAGGGGGAAGAUGUCUUCGAUGGCGUGGUUUCUUUCGACUUUUCUGCCCGCGUGGGUUUUGGAUAAGAUGCUUGUUUCGGGAGCAGGCCUGGAGCAGUUGGGUUGA